CCUUUAGCUGCCUGCCUGCUUGGGACAUGCCGCUGCCAGCUAAGCCUAGUGUCUUGGACCUGGGCUCUUGCACCCCAGUGGAGAGUCAUGAGACUUGGGCACAGUCCAAAAAUGCUGACAAACGACUGCCUGAAUACAAGGCAGUGGUAGUGGGUGCAAGCGGUGUGGGCAAGAGUGCCCUGACCAUCCAAAUGAUCCACAAGUGUUUCGUGAAAGACCAUGAUCCCACCAUCCAGGAUUCCUACUGGAAGGAAGUAGCCCAAGAUGAUGGAGGCUACAUUCUAAAUGUGAUGGACACAUCAGGGCAAGAUAUUCACAGGUCCUUGCGUGACCAGUGCCUGGCAGUUGGUGAUGGGGUGCUGGUUGUCUUUGCUCUAGAUGACCUCUCAUCUCUUGACCAGCUGCAGCAGAUGCGGGCCACUUGGGGCCCUCAGAUCAACCAGCCACUUGUCUUGGUGGGCAACAAAUGUGAUCUGGUGUCUACCUCUGGAGAUGCUCAUGCUGCAGCUGCAGCCCUGGCAAAAAGCUGGGGGGCUCCCUUUGUGGAGACCUCAGCCAAGACUCAGAAAGGUGUGGAAGAAGCCUUUUCUCUGCUCAUCCAUGAGAUCCAGAGAACCCAGGAGGCCAAGGCAAGAGCAGCUAAGAAUGUCCGGCACCAAAAAGCAAUGUGUAGCUGUGGCUGCACAGUGGCCUGAAGGUCUUCGUUAAGAAAAGACGUCUCUCUCCCCAGCCAAGUUGCAGAUUCCCUUGACAUGAGACUCCCACACACAGAACCAAAAAUCUCAUAGACACUGUUGGGGUAAUAGGGGCUUAUGGACAUCUUCAUUUGGUGAAGGGCUUUUGAUACAUGGGUGUGUCUAGUAUUGAUUGUA